AUGGGGCUAGGGGCCCCUGUGUCUGAGGGACACAAAGAUUCAUUUAUCCCUCCAGAUGAUAACUGCCCACUCAGGGAGGCCAGCAGCCAGAAAAUCCCCAGGCUCACUGUCAAGGCCCGGGAGCACUGUGUGGCCCUGUUACAGGAGGCUCUGAACAACCACCAGGUGGCAGCAGCGCACACACACAGAUCUGACACACUCUCCUUGGCAGUGGAUAUUGAACAUGAGGUCUUCAAGAUCACCAAGUCUUCCAACCUGUACAAAGCAGCUGUCCUGAAGAGAGUAUCAGAGAUGAAGAAGGGAGGGGCUGCCUCUGCAGGAGGAGGAGGAAGAGAAGGGACCAGCGGCUCUGGGGAAUCCACAGAGAUAAAGACUGAAUCCAAAGACGAAGCAGCCUCCUCCUCUUCCUCCUUGACUGAGGAGCAACAGGGCUUCACACCUGCCUCACAGAUCUACUCACUAAAGCGGAAGAGAAUAGGAGCAGGUCUGAGGGGCUCCUCCAACCCCUUCCAGACUGCCAGUGAGCUGCUGAGGGCCUCUAACUGUGAGGGCUCCACUACAGGUCCAGGGGCCAACAGUGGGACGGGGAGCGGGGGCCCUGACUGCCUGGCUGGGUCUGGAGAGUCAGCCGGUGAGGAGGAGAGGGGGAAGAGGAAGGAGACAAAUACUGGAGAUACAGCACCAACCAUCAGCUCCUCCAUCAGAGCUAAAGCCAGUGCAGUCUCUGCCUUCCUGAACAGUCCCACCAAGACAGGAGGCAAGGCCCUGAGCAAGAAGCAGAAGCUAGCAGAGGCUGCUAAGAACUCCCGCAACAUUACCCAGUACUUUGGGAAGAAACCGAUUGAAAAGAGUCCAGAGGUGGAGAUAAGAACCAAUGAUGCAUCUCAGGCCUUUUCAUUACCACCCCAGUCACUCCCCACUCAGGAAUUCACACCUGCUACUGUCUCUAUGGAUACCAUCCCUAUGGACACUAGUCCCAUGGAAAUCAUCCCCACGGAAACCAUCCCCAUUGAAACUAUUCCUAUGGACACCAUCCCCACAGAAAUCAACAACUUGGAUAAUGAUGAUGAGGAAGCUAAACUGGACUUGGACUCUAUCACAGUGCAAAAUGCACAUGAAAACAAGGCUAAAUCGUUGCUGAAACUAAGGCUAUGUGAGGACAGUGAAGAGAUGGAGGCCCUCCCUCCAGCCAAGCGCAGCUGCCCCCUACAGGACAGCAGGAAGAAGGUGACCUUUAACCCCAAAGUCCAGGAGACUGUACUGGAGCCAGGGAGCCCAAGCAAAGCCCCCAAGCCUGUGUCUCUGAAGGAGGUGGCUGACAUCGUGGUGCGCUGUCUAGACCCCUUCUAUACGCAGGGCAAGUUUGCCACCAAGGAGCUGUUCAAGUCAUUUGCCCGCUACUUGUCUCAUCUACUAGCAGAGGGGAGGAGUAGGGGAAGAGGUCAAGUGAAAAUGCAGGCCAGGAAUCUGAUAAAGAAGUUCUUCAGCAGUGUGAAGCGCUGUGAGAGUGAAGCAGACUGGAAGCACCUGAAGGGACCACACAGCACUGAGACCUCUGAACACAGAGGGAUGGGAGGAGGCGGGACUAUGAACAGAAAGGUGGAGGAGGAUAACAACCUGGGGGUCUGAUCCCUUCAUCCACUCUCGCUCUCUCCAACUGAUUCCCUCCCUCACAUCUCUCCCAGGCCAAGAUACUGAGCUGUUUCAGAGAUGAUAUGCUGCUAUGCUGUGUCAACUCCAGGCUCAUGCUGUCGUGGCGUGGAGAGCCGCUGUCAUGGCGGCUAUUAAACAUAUGCUGCUGCUGCUAUGGAACAAGUAGUCAUCCCUGCUCAACGCCGAACAGAGGUGGCUCUUUGUUUGAUGUUAGCACCGUGUGACUAGGACAUGGAUGCUAUAGCUAUACCAGGCCAAACCCUGCUGCUACCUGGUCUGUCAUUCUGCCUGACUAAAGAGGACAAACGGCUGGAUGUGUAACAACCACACUCUAUCCUUGAUUGAUUUUAGAGAUAUAAUUUAAUAUCUUUUUGUUGUUGUUAGUUUGUUGUUUUCAUGAGAUUCUAAAUGAGAACUUUUGUUUAUGCUGAGGAAUCCCCAAAAAUAUUAAUUAGUUUUUUUCUUUUUUUCCUUAUGGUUAUCUGGUACAAAGUUCUUAAAAGAUCAGAGCUGGCCACGUCUGCCUGUGCUGGUUGGUGACAGGGUGGGUGACUUUUCAAACAGUCAGUCAUUUCAAACAUGAUGGAAUCCAAAGAGCACUGUAUGCACCAAUGGGGGAAAACACCCAGCAUUCACAGAAAUGUAUCUAAACUAAACCCAGCCUUCACACACUAUUGCUCCAGGUGAGACCUGUACAAUAAAAUCUCUUAACACUGAAUGUCUAGUGGUUGUGACUAAUUGGCUCGUAGGCUAUAUACAAUUAGAUUAAGUGGAAAGACUGUUUUAUGGAGCAUAAUCUUCCCCUGUAUAGGGAAGGGGGUUGGGGAUCGUUACAGAAUGGAUCUGGGGAGAUAUCGGUGCAAAGCAC